CAGAUCUGGAGGAUAUAUUCUUAGACCUGAGGCGUGUAAUCUCAGCUUUUACACUUGAGUAGUGAUAUAUUGAACUUCCAGAAGCUCCAGGUGACGAGGAGACGACCUGAGCAUGUUUUACAGCUCUGCACCCAUGCAGCCGUCUGCGUUUUCACCCAAUGCCUCCCUCUACACGGGUCCACAGGAGGAGCCCCCGUUGUCACGCACCGGCUUCAUCAUCCUCGCUGUCAUUAUGGCCUUUUUCACCGGUCCAGCCAUCGUCCUCAACGCUACAGUGAUUAUUGUGUCCCUCAUGCACAAGCAGCUGAGGCAGCCGCUCAACUAUGCUCUAGUGAACAUGGCUGUGGCUGAUCUGGGGACAGCCAUGACCGGAGGAGUGCUGUCUGUGGUCAACAACGCUCAGGGCUACUUCUCCCUGGGCCGGACGGGCUGUGUGAUGGAGGGCUUUGCAGUGUCCCUGUUUGGCAUCACUUCUCUGUGCACUGUGGCUCUGAUCGCAGUGGAGAGGAUGUUUGUGGUAUGUAAGCCACUGGGGCAGAUAACCUUCCAGAAGAAGCAUGCGGUGGGAGGCAUUGUCCUUUCUUGGCUGUGGUCCCUCACAUGGAACUUACCUCCACUGUUUGGGUGGGGCAGGUACGAGCUGGAGGGCGUUGGGACGUCCUGCGCACCCGACUGGCACAACAAAGACCCUCACAAUGUCUCCUACAUCCUGGCUUAUUUCUCAGUGUGCUUUGCUAUUCCUUUUGCCCUGAUCCUGGCAUCCUAUUCUAAACUAAUGUGGACUUUGCACCAGGUAUCUAAGAUGGCCUGUGUGGAAGGUGGUGCAGUAGCAAAGGGGGAGAUGAAGGUGGCGUCCAUGGUCAUCCUGAUGGUCCUGACAUUUCUGAUCAGCUGGUUGCCUUAUGCCGGCCUCGCCAUGCUCAUUGUCUACAACCCCGAUGCAAAGAUUCCUCCGCUGAUUGGCACAGUGCCUGUUUACAUGGCCAAGAGCAGCACCGUGUACAAUCCCAUUAUCUACAUCUACCUCAACAAACAGUUCCGUAAAUAUGCUGUGCCCUUCCUGUUGUGUGGGAAACAGCCUUUGGUGGAAGACGAGACAUCAGAGGCAGUGACGACCGUGGAGACGACCAAAGUGUCUCCUGCCUGAAAUGUGCAAAUGCCUAAAACUAGCCAUUACCCUCAUUAUAAUAAUUCCUUUAACACGUUUUGUCACCUGUUACUUGAACAUUAGUGAAACUAUGUGUUUGAAUGUUUUUUAAAGUGAGAUGCCAUAGUGGACAGGAAGAGAUCAAUAAUGGUAAAGGUAAGACUUGACGUGUCUGUCUGUUGUCUGAAAAGUGUAGAAAAGAAAUAGAUGAGAACAGUAAUUCAGCAUAAGUUUAUUCAAUGAUGAUCAAUAGAAAACAAAAUAUCAGUAUUGAUUCAAAUAAAGUCAAGGCCAAAAUAAAAUGAAUAAUACAAAAAAUGUAUUGAUACAAAACCUAGAGGGUUAUAGUAAAGCAUUUGCUACUAAGAGAAAUGAUGUUUACUGAAUAAAAACAUUAAGGAGCAAAUAUCAAGACUUUCAAGUAGAGAACAUUACCAUGGGUCUUUCCAUACGUUUGUACAUAUUUUACAUUAUCUUCUAUUUUAAUACAGCUUUCUGAACAUUAAUAGUUGUAAUAGUAAUUAUAAUCAUAACAAGAUGAAGAAAACCAAUAAAAACUUUCAAAUCAA